AUGUGUUUGCGCUGCCCGUCUCCCAGCCAGGCUGUUAUUGUAGAUUUCCACUCAAGAUCUGUUUGGUUUCAUACCAAUAACCCCCAGCCAUGGAGGAGUCGUCAUCAAUAUCCGGCCCUCAUCUUCCCGCUUGGCCAUCUUUUUUCCCUGGGAAUAGAAGGAGAAUUGAUACUACAUGUUCAAUACCCAGAGCCCAGCAACCUUAAUGUAUCAGGAGCUCACUUCAGACAGCCGGGAGGGUUUCUGGGAGGUCUCCUCCGUGCCCUAUGCAUGUCCCGCCCCUUUUCUCCCUCUCCCCCCAAGAGGCUGCCGAAGAAGGUUGGCCUAAAGAAACGCAUGUUUGAUCCUCAGUUGAGAAGCUACUUUAUUGAUUUUCCCUCACUGCAUACUGAAGUUGUCGUUAUGGCCACCCGCUUUGCUAUCAGUUUCCACGGGAUCGAGGCCUAG